AUGGGAGUGGGUGACUUUAGGGAGUCUCUUGUGGUGCGCCUGGUGGGGCCGGCGUUAGCGGCAGCGGAUGUGACUAAAGAGGGGGGUGACAUAAGAAGAUGGAGAGUUGCGUACCGAGUGUGGGACGCAGGGAAUUACAGCGUUCUCGUUCUUUCAGAGUGCGGAAGUCUGGACUUCACCCGCAACAGCACUGAACGCGCCCUAGGCACGGUGGCUGAAUGGAUCCUCACGGUGUUCCCAAGCGUUGCCAAUGUUCCUUCAUCCUCAGUUUUUAUCCCAUUCGCCGAUUCAAGCACAUCCAACGAUUCAAUCAGAAUCGAAUCCCCAGGCGAAACUGACUAUAAAGAGUACGAGGACACCCCAUGCGACCACUCAGCAUACGGUCGGUGGCUCUUCGACCCACCAAAGGGCAAGUACACGUGGCAGCUGUACCCGUGCGCACAGCCACUCCCGCCGCCCUCUGAAUGGAUUAGCGCGCUUCAGUCUCGGGGCAUAUAUGAGAUCAACAUCGUGGGCGAUUCACAUCAACGGUUCCUGUUCAACUACCUUUUCUUCUUGCUGACAGGAGAGGCGUAUGCAUCCGACGCCAAGAAAUAUGAUGAUAUGAAGCGCGAGGUCAUGCCCUCUCGACCCCCCUCUCCGCCUCUUCCUCCUCCCUCUCCUCCACUUCCUCCUCCCUCUCCUCCCGCUCCUUCUGCUUCAUCCCCGGCUCGUCCCACGAUCUCAGCGUCAGAUCCGGUUUCUGGAACCUUUGCUCCCCCCUCUCCUUCUGCCGCCUCUGCUCCUGCUGCUGAUGUGCCUGCCACCCCUGCUGCUGCCACCACUGCUCCUGCUGCCAAGGGGGCAUCACACGGCAGCAACAGCGGUCAAGCUGCAGAGCUGCGGCCGUUGAAGCUCAACUUCUACUGGCUCGCCGGGAUCUACAAUGUGGGGCAGCACGGAUGCAAGAAGGGGCUCCUGAAGGACGGCCGGUGGUUUCCCAGGAAGCAGCCGUUCCGAAACCCUAAGCUCCUUUCCUCCCUCCGCACCGCCUCUCACGCCGUCCUCACCGCAUCCAACCGCUCCGCGUCCACCUCGCGCCAGCACCCGGCCUGGUCCCGCUUGCUGACAGCUGUCGAUCUGCGAUUGGACGCCGCGACUGCCGCCCUGCUAAGCCCUCUGAUGGAUUGUUACAGGGGGUGUCUCGCUGCUGCCAGCUGGCCUCCUCCCCUCAGGAAAGGAGGUGGAGGAGGAGGAGGAGGGGAAGAAGGAGCAGCAGUAGGUGCUCCUGCUGCUGCUGCAGGUUCAGCACUGGAUCGGCUUGUUGGACCUGGAGGCGAUUUUCGGGCCGAGUUCACGAGCCUGUUUUUGGCGCUGUGCUCCCUCCAGCAUGCGCAGAAGGUGAGGCGAGAAGCAGAGCAGGUACGGAUUCGAAGCGAAAGCGAGGUAGCAUAUAUGGAGGAUGGAGAGGAGGAAGAGGAGCAGGAAGAGGAGGAGGAGGCGGACCUAGAGAAUAUCCAGAACCUUGGAAAUAUCCAAGUAGAAGAGCCGUUGCUAUGGGGGAUGGAUGAGCUGGUUCAGCCAAUAGCGUCGCAGGCCCGGCCUCCUUUCGACCAAUGGGGAGCGAGCGGGCGGACGGAGUGGGCCUUUGCGCUGACUCUCCGUGUGGCGUUGACUGGCGUUGACUCGUUUGACCUGGCGCUACAGCCGCUGGUGGACGAGGAUGGGCUCACAGGGGUGAGUGUGCGGGAGGGCUGGGUUCGGGCUGUGGUUCGGAUUCUCCCGAUCCACUUUCUGCGGAGGACCGUCGUGCCGAACCUGGCUGAGAAGCUUCUGGGAAGCGCAGGGGUUGGAGGAGAAGGAGGUGGGGGAGGGAAGGGGGAGGAAGCUUGGGAGGAGGAUCUAAGUGAGAACAAGGAGAGAGCAGCAGCAGCAAGGGAGUGGCUGCGAGUAGUGAGUGAGUGUAUCGCCUUUGACUCUGCCAUGUCUCGCCUGCUGGUCUUCAGCUCACCUGCUUCUUCCGCCGGUGCUGCUGCGGUCACUCCUGGUGUUGCCACCGACGCUGCUGCUGCUGCUGGCGGAGCUGCUGGUGCAGGAACAGCAGAAUCUGCCAGUGCAGAUCUCCCCGUGCCAGCUUCAGAUUUCUGGGCGGCACUGCAAGUGGAUCCCACAGUGGGAGUCUUCGCGGAGCGACCUGAUUGGCUGCUGCUCUGGAUCCAAUUGGAGCGGGCCAGCGCACACAGGGGCGUGCUAGCUGUCAUGGGCAGGGACGCUUCCUGGAAGGUUCCACGGGAUGGGGAGGACGAGGCAAGCAUGGGGUUGCAGGAGUUGACCUCUACUGGCCUACUGCUGAAUGUGGUUGACCGUUCUGCAGCAACGGAAACAGCAGGAAAGGGAAUUGUUGAGUUCCGACCGCCGCCCGUUGCUCUGCAGCUGAUUGAGAUUCUCCGGGCGGCAGUUUCCCGAUGUGGGCGGCUUUCUGGGACUGUAUCCGAAGGCACUGCAGCAAGCAGCACUGCAGCAGCCAGCAGUGACAGUAAUGAGGGCAGUGGCGCCAGCACUAGCAUUACCAGCCCCAGGGCCAUCGGCCGGGGGCGGCAGCGCCUGUCUUUUGCCGAGGGACUCUGCCGCCCAAUUCUCUCGGCGUUUUUGAAAGAGACGGAGCAGAGAGCGGACGAGAUAGAAGCAGAAGGAACCCUGACGAGAGACGGGGAUUUGGAGGAUAUGGCUGGGUGUGCCAAUGCUGCCAGGUUUGUGGCUCAUGCCCUGGGGACGUGGCAGGAUGAAGGGUUUCUGGUGGAGGCAUGGGAGGAAGGGAAGAGGGAGAGGAGGGAGAGGCAGGCGAGGAAGAAGGUGAGGGAGCCUCCUUCGCAGCAGAGGAAGGAGAGCCAGCAGCAGCAACAGCAGGAGAAGGAGAAGGAGAGAGAGCAGGCUGAAGUUGCAAGAAGGCGAACGGUAGAAGGGGAGGAUCAGGAGCAAGAGCAGUGUGAGGAGGAGGGAGGAGGAGACGGAUGGGAGCUACUGGAUGCUGAAGAGAACGAGAAUGAAGGCGAGCAACGACAACAGCAUCAGCAACGCCAGCAACAUCAGCUGGGGGAGAACCAGCAGAAGAAUCAACUGGAACGGCAAGAAGAGCAGCGUGCAGGGAGACAAGCAGACCAGCAAGCAGAGCAGCACAUGCACCGCAUUCAGGCCCUACUAGACCAGUUCGAGGGUCCCGGGCCGGACCUCUUCUCCUCUGAGCUCCACCGCCUCUCCGCCCUGCACUCCACGCUCGUCGCCAGGCUGGCGACAGCUGUCGCGCGCGGAUUCGUCUCCCGCAGUGCAGAGUAUCCCCGUGCCAUUGUGCGCGUCCAGGCCCCUCCCCUCUCCCUUCCCUCUCCACCCUCUCCUCCCUCUCCACCCUCGCCUCCUUCCGGCGAUGCACACUCUCUCUCCCACUCCUCCACCUCCCUCUCCUCCGCCUCCCUCGCCCUCUCCUCCUCUCUGGUCGAUGCUCUCACCUUUCUCCGCCUCCGCUUACUCUCCGCCCGCCACUCACUCGACGCGGCUCUCUUCUCCUCCUUCUGGCGCCACCUCGCUGCCUUCCUGGACAGGUACCUAGUGGAUAAGGUCGUGUUGGGACGAGAGGUGAGCGUAGGCGUAGGUGUGGGCGUGGGGGUUGGGGUGGGGGCUACAGAGGUGGCUGGAGGGGGAGGGGUUGGAGGAGGUGGAAGGGUGGGCAGAGGAGGGCCAGGUGUUUUUUCAGAUGAUUUGGGCUCUCGGAGUAAGAAAAAUGUGAAGAAGAGUGCUGGUGGUGGGACGGGGCUUGUGUUGGGCAGCUUGAAGUUUUCGGAGCGGGCCGGGCAGCAGUAUUCGUAUGACAUGCAGGUGGUGGUGUCUGUGUUUGAGAUCACCACCCCCCGCCCACUGAACUUCUUUAAAAGGACGAGAGACGCCGCCCGGCUGAUGGCCAUGACAGAUAGAGACGCCAACGGGUUACUGUUCAUGUUGUCGCUGGUGAGUGGGUCUGGGGCAGCAUCGUCUUCAUCCUUGUUAUUAUCUUCUUCGUCAAAAGCACUGGCGUUGGCCAGUGCAGCUAUAGGGGCUGCUGGGGUGGCUGUUGGUGCUGGUGAUAGGGAUUUCAGUACUGGCAAGGAUUCAGGGGUUGAUAGCCCAAAAGCCAGAGUGCAGCAGCAGGAGCAGCAGCAGCAGGUGGAGGAGGAGAGGCAACAGAGGGCGGCAGCAGCUUUGAGGCGGAGAGGGAUUUUGCAUUUACAGGCAGGGGAAGUGAAAGCUGUGCUGGAGAGACGUGCUCUGCCAAAAAGGUAG